UUUUUUUUUUUUCUCUGUUAAUUAUUACAUUUCAAUUGUAUAUGAAAUGAGUACGGAAGAAAUUACAGACUCAUUAGAAAAGCUUUCUAUUAAAAAGAAUGCUUCAACUAGUUCUUCUUCAGUAAAACCUAAAUUAUCAUAUGAUAAAGCAGCUUUAAAAGAACGUUGGAAGAUCUUAGGCGCUGAUCCUGAACAAAGUAUUUUAUCUAUGAUUCGUAAGGCAUGUAUGAAUAUAUUUGCUCGACAAGAUUUUUUCAAAAUCCUUCAAGCGAUUAAACAGAGUUUUGUACAACGUGAUUAUGAAGGUAUAUUUACAGAUCCAGUUAACUUGGAGGUCUACACAGCUGCCUAUGUGCCUGGUAGAGCAUUAUGUUACUUUGAACUCUUCUCUAUGAGACCAGCAUUAUUAAAGAUAUUAAUGAAAAGGAGUCAUCUGUACUGUAUUGGUUCUGGAUCUGGAUCAGAGUUAACAGCGAUUGCAGCUGCUAUGACACGAGUGCCUGCAGAACGACAAAGGGUAAAGUUAAUCAUGCAAGAUAUUGGUGAUUAUAAGUCCAUACUUGAUUCAUUAGAAUCUACUAUUCGUGAAAAAUGGCUUUUAACUCCUGAACAGCUUGAAUGUACAUAUGAGCAAGGUGAUAUACUGGAUCCAAAUAAUUCAAGUAUUGAUACACGAUUAGCUGAAGCAGACUUGAUUACAUUUAUGUUUGUGAUGAAUGAAUUAUUUGUUAAGAAAGCGGCAGCAAUGACUUUAAUACAAAAAAUGAUACAAUCUAUGAAAAAGGGAGCCCAUUUAUUAGUAUGGAUAUAAUAUAUUAUAUACAUAUAUUUGAUAAGCAUAGCAUAGCAUAACAUAACAUAGUAUAGCAUAACAUAUAUACAACAAGGUAUUUAUUGUAAUCUUCAAUAGGUAGUUGAAUCAGCUGGAUCAUUCUCUCAUUUGAAAGUUGGAAAUAAAACAUAUAUGGUCUAUAUGCUCUUGGAUGCUAUUAAAGACUUGGAGUUAGUAGUUGGAGAGGAUUCUCGCUGGUAUCGACAUCCUGAACACUUGAAAUAUCCUAUCGACGUUCAAAAUAUGAGAUACUUUAUUAGAUUAUAUAAGAAGAAAUAAAUAUGGAUACAUGUGUAUGCAUAUUAUAGAUAUAACUACUCGUUAUUAUAUGUAAUGAAUAAUAAAAUACUCUUUUUUUUUUUUG